AUGGCGAGCCAUCAUCUGUCGGGCCAGGCCCGACAUUGGUGGGCGAAGGUGGUGCAGGAGGCACCAGCGGGACAUCGCUUUACCUGGGAGGAGUUCCGACAGGAAUUCGAAGCGAAGUACUUCCGGCAACAGGACCGUGAGUACCGGGUGGCAGAGUUCCUCAUGUUGCAGCAAGGAGACAUGACUGUCAGCGGGUACGAGGCGGAGUUCACCCGCCUACUGAGGUAUGGAGGGCAACUGAACGCCCGGAGCAACGACCCGCGCAACAAGGGCAAGGCGUCCGCUGUUCGUGCGCCACCACCACUAGCGGUAAGGGGACCAGUGGUCUGUUUCCGUUGCGACCAGCCUCGGCACAUUGCCUCACGUUGUCCGAUGAGGACUACUGGACCACCUGCUCCAGCGCCGGGAGCCCCACGACCACCAGGCCAGGCGAGCAGACCACCCCGACCACCAGUGAGGACUGAAGCCGCACCGAGAGUGUAUGCUCUUGAUGCCGAGCAGGAGAUCCAGGAGGAAGAGGAGGAGGAGGCUCACCCUGAUGGAGUCGAGGCUGCCGCGAUCUCAGGUACCCUAUAUCUCUGUGGAGUUGCCUGUUAUACGUUGUUUGAUACCGGUGCGACCAAUAGUUUCCUGAGUGUGGGAGUGGCGGAGAGGCUUGAGACUGGAGAGAUCGAGUCGAUGAGCGAUUUCACUGUGCGCAUACCAACCGGAGAGACAUUAGCAGUGCACGGGAUCCUGAGAGGCAUACCCCUUGAGGUUUGCGGUCGCCUUUUAGCCGCAGAUCUCAUUGUGGUACCCAUCGGAGGUUUCGACAUCAUUCUGGGCAUGGAUUGGUUGAUGAAGUACCAAGCCUACAUUGAUUGCCCUAAGAGGACAAUCUGGUUUACGGAUGAAUUUGGAGGGUUCGAAUUCCGAGGCCGAGGAGCGCCGGAAUCGGAGAUGAGACUGGAGGAUACGCCCGUUGCCCGGGAAUUUCCGGAUGUGUUUCCUGAGGAUCUUCCGGGACUACCACCCAGUCGGGAAGCUGACUUCAGCAUAGAUGUGCUACCGGAUUCAGGUAUUGGACCUGGCGGUUUAACUUUAGUUUCUAAUCCAGCAUCAGGGAUCUUUAAUGUUGAGCCCUACUUCUGCGGAAUCUCUCCGUUGGGUUUCCCCUUAGUUGUCAUCAUCAAAGGUGCGGAUUUGACUUUUAUCACGUUCUCUGCCUCACAGUUUACAGAUUUAGCCACUGGCAGGAUGUAG